AUGCUAAACCACGAGUUAGAUCUUCAUCUUCCCUCAUCAUGCAGGGAAUGGGUGGCCGAAACCCAGUCGAAAUGGUUUGCCGCCAAGGACGAAUCCGCAUCCCCGAUUAAUGUCAAGAACUGCUUCCGAUCUCAGCUAUCAACGAUACAGCAUCAAUCACCCCCAUCACCCCUUUCCCCAAUGGGAGCCUACGUUAUAAUCCAUGCUCUCUUGCAAAGGAUAUAUCUCGCCAACUCCCUUGCCCGCGAUUGCGAUAGUAACAUCCUUCCAGUACAGACCGAUAGCUUCGAGCGAGCUCUCAACAACUGGCGCAUCACAUGGAAAGCCUCACCUGAAACGGCCCACGAUCCGUUCGACACGUACGGCUCUCUUGCAUUUUCCUUUUCCUCCACGGCCUUGCUCGGGAUCGCGCAUGUCAGGCUUCAAUUGAAUCUGGGUCCCUGGCGCAGUCUGAAAACCUGUAACCCACAAGUCAUCGCCGCGAGGCUGAAAGAAAGUCCUCAUCCCCAGCGAAACCCUCACCUGCCUCACGCCCUGCUUCAUGCCGUCCACGCGCUUCGAAUCUCUGUUCACAUGGAAAUAUCCAUCUCUCAAAAUGACAAUCCUUCUCUUGGAGCUUGUACCAUGUCUUUUGUGGGUUAG